GCCAAAAACCCUCCGUCCCGCCGCAGCGCGGCCAUGGCCGCGGCGCUGCUGCCCGGCUGCCUGCAGGACGAGGCCACCUGCUCCGUGUGCCUGGAGCUCUUCAAGGACCCGGUGUCCAUCGAGUGCGGCCACAACUUCUGCCGGGCGUGCAUCGCCGGCAGCUGGAAGGAGCUGGAGGCCGACUUCCCCUGCCCGCAGUGCCGCGAGGUGUUCCAGCAGAGGAGCUUUCGGCCGAACCGGCCGCUGGCCAACAUGUCCGAGAUCAUCGGGCAGCUGGUGCUGCGGGCGGACGGACGGGCGGACGGACGGGCGGACGGGGACGGGCUGUGCCCCAAGCACCGCGAGGCGCUCAAGCUCUACUGCAAGGACGACCGCAGGAGCAUCUGCGUGGUGUGCGACCGCUCCCGCGAGCACCGCCCGCACGCCGUGGUGCCCGUGGACGAGGCGUGCGAGGAGUACAAGGAGAAGAUCCAGGGGCGCUUGGAUUUCCUGCGGAAGGAGCGGCAGGAACUGCUGGAGUUCAAAGUGAACGACGACAAGAAAACCCAGGAGCUGCUGAAAACCAUCGAGAGCGAGCGGCAGAAGCUGCUGUCGGACUUCGAGCGGCUGCGGCAGUUCCUGCACGACCAGGAGCACAUCCUGCUGGGGCAGCUGGACAAGAUGGAGAAGAACAUCUCCAGGAGGCAGAACGAGAACAUCACCGACCUCUCCAAGGAGAUCACGCUCCUCAACAAGCUCAUCGCCGAGCUGGAGGAGAAAAUCCAGCAGCCCAUGCUGGAGUUCCUCAAGGACGUGGCGGGCGUCAUCAGCAGGAGCGACGACGUGAAGUGCCAGAAGCCCAUCCCCGUCUGCACCGACAUGAAGAUGCACGUCUGCAACUUCUCCCUCAAAACCGUGGUCCUCGAGAAGGUCCUGAAGAAAUUCCGAGAAAACCUGCAGGACGAGCUGGGAAGAGGUGAAAAAGAGGACCUGACCCUGGACCCCGACUCGGCCAACCACCUGCUGAUCCUCUCGGCCGACCUCAAGAGCGUGCGCAUGGGCUGCAGGAAGCAGGAGCUGCCCGACAACCCCAAGCGCUUCGACACCAACUCGCGCGUCUUGGCCAGCACCGGCUUCAAGUCGGGGCGGCACUACUGGGAGGUGGAGGUGGGCCCCUCGGACGGCUGGGCCUUCGGCGUGGCCCGCGAGUCCGUCCGCAGGAAGGGGCUGACGCAGUUCUCCCCCGAGGAGGGGAUCUGGGCCGUGCAGCAGAACGGGGGCCGCUACUGGGCCGUGACGUCGCCGCAGCGCACGCCGCUGUGCCUCAGCCGCAAGCUGAGCCGCGUCCGCGUCUACCUGGACUACGAGGGCGAGGAGGUUUCCUUCUACGACGCCGAGAGCAUGCAGCACAUCUUCACCUUCAACGUGGCCUUCCAGGAGAAGGUGUUCCCGCUCUUCUCGGUCUGUUCCACCGUCACCUACAUCAAGCUGUGCCCCUGAGGCGCCGCGGGGAAGGGCCGGACGGGCGCCUGGGACUGACUCAGAUCAGCCUGGUUUUGGGGGGACGCGGGCGGUGGGGUGGCCAGGAGAGCACCACAAGGAGGGUCUUCGGGGCACAGAGACGUCCAGAAGUUGUGGCCGCCAGCUUCGAGGAAGGUGGUGGUCGCCAACUCAAAAGAUCGCGGCCACCAAUUUGAGCUCAGCCCUGGAAGGGGUGACAAGCUCUGCCAGUCAGCGGGAAGGAACCUUCCAGAAGUCAUUUGUGGCUCCGGGUCUGACCCUGGAUGGGGGUUUGAGGGUCUGCGGGAAGCUUUGGAGCGGCUCCUCCGCCCCCUUGGAAGUGCCGACGGCUGGGAAAUUGGAUAUUUAUGGGGUGGG